AUGAAACAAUUAAAUAGAACAAGUGAAUUACAAGAUUUUAGAAAUUCAAUUAAAGUUGAUUAUAAAAAUUUACCACAACCACCAACUAGAAAGAAUGGUCAAGUUAUAAUUUAUAAUUCAACUGGUCCUACCUUUUUUAGUAUUGGUGCAAUGAUUAUUUUAAUUGUUUCUUUAAAUAGUUUAGUUGUUGAAAAGGAAGGUAAAUUAAGAUUUGCAAUGAUAAUGAUGGGUAUGAAAGAUUCUGCUUAUUUUAUAUCUUGUUUAGUUUGUUUUGCUUUUUUAUUAUCUACUUUUAUUAAGGAAUCUAAAUCUGCUCUAGUUUUAGGUUUUACUGUUUUAGCUAUUUCAUUUAUAUUAAAUUUAUUUGUAUCUAAUGGAAAUAUAGUAUAUCAAUUAUAUUCAACAAGUGUAACACCUGCAUUUAGAGUAAUAUUAAGUUUUUAUCCACCAUUUAAUUUUGCUAAAGUAUUUACAGAUAUAGCAACUAAAACAUUACCUGUUUAUGAUGAUCAAUUGAGAAAGUUUGUACCUGGACCUGGAUAUUCAUUUGAAGAUUUCUUUAUUGGUACAAAUACAUAUGAUUAUGUACCUGCUUCUUAUUUAGGUAUAAUUGUAUUAAUUUUAAAUGGAUUAUUAUUUUUAAUUUUAUAUUGGUAUUGUGAUAAUGUAUUUUCAGAUGGAAGUGGUGUUAGAAAAUCACCAAUUUUCUUUAUAUAUCCUUCCUAUUGGGGAUUAAAUUGUCUUAAAAGUAAAUCAACUAUUAAAACUAAUACUAAUCAAGAUGAACAAGAUUAUUCACAAAUGGAAACAAAUGAUGUUAAAGAAGAAUUUAAACGUUCACGUGAUUCUUCAAUUAAUGCAGUUGUUAGAAUUGUUUCAUUGAGACAAACUUAUUCAGGAUUUUUAACUAAAUUAGCUGCUAAAUGUUUUCCCGCCAAAAUUGCUCAAUCCAGAUUUUUUAGAGAGAAAAAGGCUUUGAAAGGUUUAAAUUUAAUUGUUGAAGAUAAUCAAUGUGUUAGUUUAUUAGGACAUAAUGGUGCAGGUAAAACAUCAACAAUGAAUAUAUUAACAGGAUUAUUUAAACAA